UUCCUUUGUCUCGGCCUAAUUCUGUCUGCGUGACUUUGACCAGACUGAUGGAAGAGAAGAGAAAUGUGCAAAUCAAUCAAAAUCGCGCGCGAAGUGCUUUCCCACCCGCACUCCACUUACCCGCCACGCCAUGGAUGAUCAUCAGAAGCCCAAUCCCGUUUAACUCCAUCCGGCUCCGGUUUCUUUCAAGCCGAUCCGCUCCAAGAAUGAGCGGCGCUGCUGCUGCUCCGGCUGCAAGGAGCGGCGGCGGGUGGCUGCACGCGGCGUGGCUGGCGCUCACCGCCGCCGCCGCCGCCACGCCGGCCGAGCUGCUCACGGAGGAGGAGGUCGCCGGCGGCCGCGGCGGAUCGUCUCUGCCUGGUGUUACUGCGAGGAGCGGCUCACGCUACGAGCUCGUCGGCGCAGAGGAGCCCGACGGCGACGAGGCGAGCUGGGGAUGCUCGGAACCUGCCUCGGAAGCAGAGCUGUUCCUCCUGGCGCGCGACGAGCAUCCGAAGACGACGAGGAAUUCGCCGGAAUCCAUCUUCACGUGGGACGAACUGCGCGUGGCCAAGCCCGAGUUCUGGCGCUGGUCUUCAAAGAAGACCGUCGCCGGCGACGGCGACGGCGACUCCGAAUCCAUGGCGGCGGCGGCGGCGGAGUCCGAGCCGUUCCUGACGCGCCGCCGCGGAGGAGCGAAGCGGAUAAACGAGGCGGAGGUGGAUGACCACCAUCCGUUCAGCUUCGGUCGCCAUGGGAGGAUGGAAUCGUCGCCGUCGUCGUCGUCGUUCUUGCUGCUGUCUUCUUCAUAGCCGACGAGCUAUUGACUGAAGAAACGCGAGCGUCUGAAGAAGUUAAAAGAUGUUUCUUUUCCAUCUUAUUUCUGAACAUUUUGUGGCAUAUGGUUACAUAUGCAAAGUCGCAAAAAUUAAAAAAGAUAUUCCAUUAGAUCGAAAGAAUUGGGAAUUAUACAUGUUUAUAUGUAUGGUGAUGAUAAUUUUUAGGAAAUUCGUUUGCUCGCUGGAUGAUUCCCUUUUGUCGGUAAAUGUAUA